AUGGUCGACGGCGACACGAUGGCGGCGCAGCAGCCCGAUGGAGGCGCUCACCAAGCUCCGGACAUCCUUUCGUUGCUCUCCACUUGGGGCAGCAACUUCUCCACUCAGACCACCAAGACCUUCAGCGAGUUGCGCCCUCUCGACUACAUUCGCCUUGUCACCAUCAUCGGCGCGUAUUGCCUGCUGAGGCCCUACUUGAUGAAGCUGGGAGCAUACCUCCAGAGAAGGCAGCAUGAAGCCGACUCGCAAUCCGGCCAAGCAGCGGGCGCACCAUUUUCGGCGAACGAUCUGCGCGGAGGGAAGAAAGAGCCCAAGGUCGCAAUACCGGGCGUAGAAAGCGACAGCGAGGACGAAGAAAAGGAUGACUGGGGUCGCGCAGCCCGGCUUCGUCAGCGCAAAUUCGUCCGCCAGCUCCUGGAGGCUCACGAGACGAAGCUGCGUGAGGAAGCCGAGGCCGAGAGUGACAAAGAGAUAGAGGAGUUCCUGGUGGACUGA